AAACCAAUAACACAUUUGGUUAAGACAUCUUCGCAAAAUCUUCAAUUUCACAACACAAGAAAGACUAUCUUGAAAAGGAUGCUGUAAAGAUUGCCGAAAAAGAAGCGAUUUGGCAGACACAUACUAAGGCCUUGAAAUAUCUUAUAUUGCAAGGAAAAGUGCACAGGUUGUUCCUGUCGUGCACAAAGUUUUCCUUGUCGUGCACAAAUGACCAAAGGCACACAGCAAUUCGAACCUACUUAUAAAUAAACAGUUCACAAGCUGAAGAAUAUUCAAUAUGUCCUUCAUUAGAUGUUUCAUCUUGGCAAUAAUUUUCUGUUAUGCUGCAGGGGACAUAUCAAGCGGUGGCUGUAACUUUCAAACUGGCUUCUGUGGAUGGUACAAUGCAGCAACGGGAGAUGAUUUUGAUUGGAUAGUUCACGCUGGCUCUACAUCAAGCAGUGCAACUGGGCCGAUGGCGGACCACAACGGCAAUACAAACGGAAAAUACUUGUACAUCGAGACGUCAUCUCCGAGAAGGCCAGGUGAUGCUGCACGGCUCAUAAGAACGAUAACCAACAGCAGCGGAGCUGCCUGCUUUUCAUUCUGGUAUCACAUGUACGGAUCUACUGUAGAGAGGCUCAACGUCUACGUGCAAACGGGAACACAAAACAGCAACAGCACCAUGCAACUGAGAUGGCGACUGAUUGGAAAUCAAGGAGACGUCUGGAACAAGGCAGCUGUAAACCUUGGCAACGUAAACGGAAACAUUACCCUCAUUAUCGAAGGUGUUACCGGCAACAGCUACACAGGAGACAUUGCAAUCGAUGACUUUGAAGUCAAACAGCAAUACUGUACCACCAUGCCGUCUAAAGCUGCUCCAACAAUGCCUACAACUACCUCAUCAAAACCACCAACAACAACAAGUGCUGCAUCGUCUACAACGGUUACAUUGCCGUCUACUACAACAUCAACUUCUGGCAAAAGUUCGACGCCAUUCGUCAGGACCUUGCCAGGUGGCUGUAACUUUCAAACUGGCUUCUGUGGAUGGUACAAUGCAGCAACGGGAGAUGAUUUUGAUUGGAUAGUUCACGCUGGCUCUACAUCAAGCAGUGCAACUGGGCCGAUGAGCGGACCACAACGGCAAUACAAACGGUACUUACCUAUGCAAAGCCAGGCCUUGGUUGCAAGGCAGCAGAAAAUUCACAACCCAAUAUGCUCACGUUCCAACAAAUCUAGACGGAUGAAUGUUGAUCUUUGCCUCUUACUCGAAGGAAAAUACUUGUACAUCGAGACGUCAUCUCCGAGAAGGCCAGGUGAUGCUGCACGGCUCAUAAGAACGAUAACCAACAGCAGCGGAGCUGCCUGCUUUUCAUUCUGGUAUCACAUGUACGGAUCUACUGUAGAGAGGCUCAACGUCUACGUGCAAACGGGAACACAAAACAGCAACAGCACCAUGCAACUGAGAUGGCGACUGAUUGGAAAUCAAGGAGACGUCUGGAACAAGGCAGCUGUAAACCUUGGCAACGUAAACGGAAACAUUACCCUCAUUAUCGAAGGUGUUACCGGCAACAGCUACACAGGAGACAUUGCAAUCGAUGACUUUGAAGUCAAACAGCAAUACUGUACCACCAUGCCGUCUAAAGCUGCUCCAACAAUGCCUACAACUACCUCAUCAAAACCACCAACAACAACAAGUGCUGCAUCGUCUACAACGGUUACAUUGCCGUCUACUACAACAUCAACUUCUGGCAAAAGUUCGACGCCAUUCGUCAGGACCUUGCCAGGUGGCUGUAACUUUCAAACUGGCUUCUGUGGAUGGUACAAUGCAGCAACGGGAGAUGAUUUUGAUUGGAUAGUUCACGCUGGCUCUACAUCAAGCAGUGCAACUGGGCCGAUGACGGACCACAACGGCAAUACAAACGGAAAAUACUUGUACAUCGAGACGUCAUCUCCGAGAAGGCCAGGUGAUGCUGCACGGCUCAUAAGAACGAUAACCAACAGCAGCGGAGCUGCCUGCUUUUCAUUCUGGUAUCACAUGUACGGAUCUACUGUAGAGAGGCUCAACGUCUACGUGCAAACGGGAACACAAAACAGCAACAGCACCAUGCAACUGAGAUGGCGACUGAUUGGAAAUCAAGGAGACGUCUGGAACAAGGCAGCUGUAAACCUUGGCAACGUAAACGGAAACAUUACCCUCAUUAUCGAAGGUGUUACCGGCAACAGCUACACAGGAGACAUUGCAAUCGAUGACUUUGAAGUCAAACAGCAAUACUGUACCACCAUGCCGUCUAAAGCUGCUCCAACAAUGCCUACAACUACCUCAUCAAAACCACCAACAACAACAAGUGCUGCAUCGUCUACAACGGUUACAUUGCCGUCUACUACAACAUCAACUUCUGGCAAAAGUUCGACGCCAUUCGUCAGGACCUUGCCAGGUGGCUGUAACUUUCAAACUGGCUUCUGUGGAUGGUACAAUGCAGCAACGGGAGAUGAUUUUGAUUGGAUAGUUCACGCUGGCUCUACAUCAAGCAGUGCAACUGGGCCGAUGGCGGACCACAACGGCAAUACAAACGGAAAAUACUUGUACAUCGAGACGUCAUCUCCGAGAAGGCCAGGUGAUGCUGCACGGCUCAUAAGAACGAUAACCAACAGCAGCGGAGCUGCCUGCUUUUCAUUCUGGUAUCACAUGUACGGAUCUACUGUAGAGAGGCUCAACGUCUACGUGCAAACGGGAACACAAAACAGCAACAGCACCAUGCAACUGAGAUGGCGACUGAUUGGAAAUCAAGGAGACGUCUGGAACAAGGCAGCUGUAAACCUUGGCAACGUAAACGGAAACAUUACCCUCAUUAUCGAAGGUGUUACCGGCAACAGCUACACAGGAGACAUUGCAAUCGAUGACUUUGAAGUCAAACAGCAAUACUGUACCACCAUGCCGUCUAAAGCUGCUCCAACAAUGCCUACAACUACCUCAUCAAAACCACCAACAACAACAAGUGCUGCAUCGUCUACAACGGUUACAUUGCCGUCUACUACAACAUCAACUUCUGGCAAAAGUUGGACGCCAUUCGUCAGGACCUUGCCAGGUGGCUGUAACUUUCAAACUGGCUUCUGUGGAUGGUACAAUGCAGCAACGGGAGAUGAUUUUGAUUGGAUAGUUCACGCUGGUUCUACAUCAAGCAGUGCAACUGGGCCCAGAGCGGACCACAAUGGCAAUACAAAUGGAAAAUACCUGUACUUGGAAGCCUCUUCACCACGAAGAAACUUUGCAUUACAAAGAAACUUUGCACUACUCGAAAGAAACUUCACUGGUAGCGCACAGAUCGUUUGCUUCAGGUUUUGGUUUCACAUGUUUGGAUCUGAUAUAGGAUCUCUUAAAGUAUAUGCUACAAGCAGUAGUAGGCAGAGUAGACAUCAAAUAUGGCAAAAGAUGGGCAAUCAAGGUGACACAUGGCAUCAAGGCUCAAUACCUGUCCCAGUUAGUGCCGUUGGUUAUUUGCUCUCCAUUGAAGGAGAACCAGGCAGCGGCUUUAAGGGAGGUAUAGCGAUUGACGAUUUCAAAUUCAUAGAAGGUGCAUGCUCUACAAUACCAACUACCAGUAACAAUGUCACGUCUACUCCUAAUACGGGAAUGACGGUUACCACACCAAUUGUGUCAUCUACAAUGCAGAGCACCAGCAUCACUUCCAAGGGUGUUAGCAACAGUACAAAACGUCACCAAACGUCAAGUACCACAGCAACUAGCACCAAAACAUCAACUAGAACCAAAACAUCUUCUAAUACCACACCAACUACGUCAUCUACAAUGCAGAGCACCAACAGCACUUCCAAGGGUGUUAGCAACAGUACAAAACGUCACCAAAGGUCAAGUACCACAGCAACUAGCACCAAAACAUCAACUAGAACCAAAACAUCUUCUAAUACCACACCAACUACGUCAUCUACAAUGCAGAGCACCAACAGCACUUCCAAGGGUGUUAGCACCAGUACAAAACGUCACCAAACGUCAAGUACCACAGCAACUAGCACCAAAACAUCAACUAGAACCAAAACAUCUUCUAAUACCACACCAACUACGUCAUCUACAAUGCAGAGCACCAACAGCACUUCCAAGGGUGUUAGCACCAGUACAAAACGUCACCAAACGUCAAGUACCACAGCAACUAGCACCAAAACAUCAACUGGCCAAAGCCCUACGACUUCAAAACCAUCGAGAAUGGUCUCAACAAAAAAAAAUCCAGCAAGCUCUUCGACUAGUUCUGGAAAGACAGCAUCUACUUCCUCAGUUGUAACGACAGUUGCUACAAAAGUACAUUCAGAGAGGAAAAUUGCAUCGGCCAAAGACCAGGGAUGCUCGCAGCUCUCAAAUAGUACAGGGACAUAUCUAAGUAUAACGUGGAAGAUUCCAAGCAAUUUUGAAGAUGACUCUAAAGUUACUACAAACGUAACUAUCAACUUUGGAAAAACAAGAAAGACAUUUUUGGUAGAAAAGCAGAAGGGAGAGACUCAGUCAAAAGUAUUCAAAACAGACGAGAUCGUCGAUGCAGAAAUAGCAGUUUGCUACAGAAGCAGAUGCAGUGAACGUGUUAGCGUUUUGUGUCGUGCAAUGGGCAAAUCUAAGUCUGGGAAGGCAACAAGCAAUGCUACUGUAAUUGCUACAUCCGCAGGCGGUUUUAUUGCGUUGGUUUUAAUCAUUGUUGUGGUUCUCUUUUUUGUGAAAAGAGCUCGAACUUUCAAAAGACGUACAGAAUGGGAUGAAAUUUUGGAUGAUGGUAUCAAAUCUCCAUUUGAGAUGGAAUACAAUGAAGAGAACAUUUCGUUAGGAUUUUCAAACGAAUUAUACAAUAGCACAUCUGAAGUCUAA